AUGACAGGUGCUGAUGAGCAUGGGCAGAAGAUUGCGCAAGCUGCAGAGAAUGAGGGCCUCCAGCCCCAAGAGAUCUGCGACCGCUACUGCCUUGGAUUCAGGGCGCUAAACCAGCGCUUAAAUGUGUCAAAUGAUUUCUACGUUCGCACGACUGCCGACCGCCACAAAGUUGUUGCAAGGUCAGUCUGGGACAUUUGCAAGAAGAAGGGGGACAUCUACCUCGACCGCUACGAGGGUUGGUACAUGGUCCGGGAGGAGCGGUUCAUCACGGACCAGGAGGCGCAGGAGUUCAAUUUCAAGGACCCCACCUCCGGAGCACCCUUGAAGAAGAUGUCUGAGCCCAGCUUCUUCUUCCGCCUCUCGAAGUACCAAGAGAAGGUGGUCAAGCUGAUCGAGGAGCAGCCGGAGUUCAUUCAACCAGCUCAGUACAGAGGAGAGAUCCUGGAGCGGCUGAAAUCCAUCGAGGUCGGAGCCCGUCGCCUUUGGCUUCCGUCCUUCGACGCUCGCGAGCCCCCGCUGCCCUGA